UCUAUCGUCGCUGUCGACGGCCUCCUUCCUGCCCUUCGUCCUCUGCCCUCGUCCUCUGCACCCACCGACCACCGCACACACGUCGUCUCCGCCCGCUGCGCCCUCCAGUAUAUAUAGUCGCUGUCGCCCACCUCGAAGGAAGCUGCUUCCUUCGCAAGCUGCUCGCCAAUCACUCGCUAUUGUAGGCCCAAGACAUGUCUCAAUUCUAAGUCGACUGCGUCCUUCGUGGGAUGCCACAGCUAGGCACCCAUGGCAGGCUUCGGGCAGCAGCCUUCCGCGCAAUACCGACCGUUGACGCAGCCCCUCCCGACCGGCCCUUGCAACUACCGCGACCCAGCCAUUGGCGUGGGCUGUGGGUGCCAGCAAUUCUGGGACCAGGGCAGCGCUCAGCUUCAUGAUGCCAGCAAGGAACAUCGGUCGAGCAGCGAGCGCUCCACCACCUGCGUGUGCGGACAUCAUGCGUGCUUUCACCGCUCCGAAACUCGCGCGUCUGAGCACCCUUCACUCACGGUAGCAGGUGCGCUGCAGCAAGCGCAAGCAAGCUGUGGCGGUCGCUGCCUAUUACAUUUUGGGGCGCGGUGUCCCAUUCACAGCAGAGGCGUGAGGCCGAGGCCUGAAGUAUUGCCGGCAGCAGGACUUCGUGACCCGCACACUAGGCGUCUGAAGACGUCGCAUGCUAGCUAUAGCCAGCGACUUCUGCGCCAGGAAGCUUCACCGGCCAAUGGGUCCAGAACGGAUGAACAGCGUCGGCGUAUUUCAUCACAGGCCAGCUCAUCAGGUCUUCCACGGGUACCUGACGUUUGUUUCUUGUCCCAUGACCGGCGCCCGGCGGUUGACGCUCACUCUCGAGACGGCUCGGACCCUUCUCGCCAAGCUGUGAAGGGGCUCGGGCUGUCAUUCUUGGACGGAGGGAAUGCGGGGAGUUGUGUUAACCGCCAGCAGUCUGUUGGAUCCACAGUAGCGGACGACAUGAACAUUAUACCUUCAACGAGAGCGAACUCAGUCGCAGGUGAGCAUGCACGAAUGACGAGUCCUGCGCGAGGGCCUUUAGACGCGGUUGUGGAUUUCAACCGCAACCUCCAUCUCGACCUGAGCGGCGACACCAUUCCGAAUACACUAAACCUGGAGGACUUCAUCCAGAGUGCUACGGAGGCUGCAACCCCGAGCAUUGCCAAUACCCCGGAUCUCACCGCCGCUGAUCAAGCUCUGCAUGAAGGGAAGCAGGCCAUAGAAGGGCUCAUGCGACUCACUUCCAAUCCAGAUCAACGGAAUAGCGACGAUGCCAGGUCAGCCAGCGUCACAUCAGCCCCAGCGCCUCAACCCUCUCCCGCCAACCCUCCUAACGCCACCCAAGAGCGUCUUCAAAGCAUUCCAAGAUCGGUGUCUCCACAGGCUCUUGACAAGCUUAUUUCGUAUCUUGCUCCGCUGCACAAUCUGCUCAUCUCGAUACCAAACGUGGCGAAUACAUUAGGAGAACACUGCGACCGCAUAGGCCUUCUAGAGAACAACCAGUCUUUCAACUAUGUUCACCCCGAUGACCUCCAGCAACAGCUUGACGCAUACGAGGGUCGGCUGCUCGAGAUCGAACAUCGCAUGGAUGAGCACGAUAAACUACAUCAGGCAAUAGAUGCCGACCAUAGUAGCAACUCGAUUGGCCGUCGCCGUGUCGCUACCAUCUCCGACUCCUUUGGCUCGAAUCAAUCCCUUCAGUCUACGACGUCGUCAGCUCUCAUACUUGCCGCCAUGGAUCGCAAAGAGAUUGAGGCGGAAAUGGAAGGUAUCAGAGAUCGUCUAGAUUUUCUUGAAGCCGCCGCCAUGCCAACUUCGUUGAACCCGUGGGAGGUGGAGAUCGUCCUGCUUCCUUGGGGACGCGGCCUCCGCGGAAUCUGGUUCUCUCCAGAUCAGCUAAUGCAUGAUCCGUCCAAGGCUACCACUCAGGACUCCGAAGAAUGGACCCAGGCGCGCAAGUCGAGAUUUGGAAACCCGGCGCGGUCACGUUCCCCGCAAGACUCUAGUCCGCAUCCGGGAGUAAAACGUUCCUCCAGGAGUUCGCAUUUAUUCAGCGAUAAAGAGAACGGCUGGAGUCAGAAGGCAAUCAGCGAUUGGGCAUCGGAAGGAUCGGACGAGCUGUUGUCUCCUAAGGCUUGCGGAAGCAAGAAUAUGGUCUACAAGCGAUUGCAAAGUAGAGGGUUCAUUCGAAACGUUACCAUCAAGGGCGCAAGCGCCCACCAUAUCCAGGCGACUCUUUCACAUGCCUUCAGCGACCUCAUGGAACACCUCAGGUACACUAACAAAGACGAGGAGCCGUUGAUUAAUUCCUACUCUGGCUUGCGCGCUUCGUUUAUUCCGCUGCGAAAGGUGAUGAAGGAGUCUAGACUGCGCUUCCUUGACCCUGCUGAGAUGGAAAACUCUGCUGUUUGGUCAGCGCAAUUCCUCGAUUCCGGUGUCAUAAUGCGAUUGUCAGAUGGCCAGAAGAGGUUAUACGUAACACAGCGCGAGGCGUACGUACAGUCAAGCGACCAGAUGGGGAGUUCUUGGACAUGGCAAGAGGUACGACAGCUUCCUCGCUAUCAAGCCGACCCGGAUUCUCAGAUGGAGGGCAAUGAGGAGCAGUGCCAACCACAGGUUGCCGAGGCGGACGCUAGGGAAGCAUGCUGGGCCUUCUGCGAAGCCUACGACGCGCCUCCAUCUAGCGUCAAUUCGUCCUUCAGUAGUCACCACUCCCACCAGCUCUCCAUGCGGCCAGCUGAUCAGCAAUGGGGGUGCUCUAUUACUCCCUCAUCAAUAUUGAAGAACCGUCCGCCGCAGCCAAUCUCUCCCUUGAGCGAGUUUCAUCCGCAACGGCCUGGCCGCAACCGUACCGUUUCUGCGUCGGGGCUUGCAGAGCCACCACCAAGCACCUCCUCAAAACGUCGCUUGAACAGCUCCCCCGUCAAAUACUCAUCUGCCCCGCAUGCCUCCUCCCGCGCACCGAGCGUCUCUAUGGGAAGGGUCAAGCGUCGUCGAGUCACGUCCUCCUCUUCUCCUAGACUAGAUGCUGAGACCGGCGCCAAUGCACAAGUUGCCGUUUGGACGAACACCCCCCGGCGAUCGCGUGAGCCACCAUCACCCUUCUUCUCUUCUGCGCCGGGCCUUCCUAGAUCCAACUCAGAUGCGACGAGUCGGCCGAGCCAGAGGUCCGUCGCUGUAGUCGGAAAGUCAACGCCCUUCGCAUACGCAACACCGCAUUCGGGACCCUUCCUUGGCGAACGGCAGGACAUAUCCGGUCCCGCUUUUGAUCGAGGAGACACUGAGGCUGACGAGGACGUGUAUCAAGAGGAUGAUGGCGAACAGAGUUGGCGCGGAGUGACGACUGGAGACGAUGAUAGCGCCUCAGGAUCUGACGCCGAAGGUGGUGCAGAGGAGCCGGCUAGUUUCUCGGGCGACGACAGCGGAUUUGGUACAGAUGGUGAAGAAGAUGGCGACGACAGUGACGAUGACGCAGAAGAGGAGGAUGGUUUCGGUGCGCAGAGACCACAAGAAGCCGACGACUAUGACGAAGAAGAAGAGGGUGAUGUUUUCGACACGCUUCUGGGAGUCCUGGAAUACUAGGUACGUGUUACUGCAUAUGAUGACCACGAUGUUUUUUUUCUUUCGCGUAGCGGGUGUAUGGCCUGGGUAUCGGUGGGACGGGCAUUCGUCUUAGCGGGCGAUAGGGUUCUGAAGGCCCCCAGGGUAGGUUACGGCGCAUCGGAGGCUUGUUCAUUGAUGGAUGAUACCACGGAAUGUUUGGGCAUAUACGGAAGAGGAGGCGGUUCUGCAUCAUGGGCUUCCUUCGGCGUGUACGACUAUUGUCUCGUAUAUGGAGACCCGGCGAUUUUUCUCUCUCUCCUUGUAUCAAAUUCUUUUCUCCCCUUCAUGGGCGGCGCAUGUCCUUUUCGACGGCAGAGAGGGGCAUGUAGAUGGAGUGAAUGGACCUUUGAAGCAUGGAGGCGCCCGAGAGAAGCAUUGGUGAAGUGGAUCUGGCUUUGUUGAGAUACGUGAAGGCACUCAGGCAGUACGCAAUUCGAUGGCUGACGAUGCAA